AUGGAGCGUCUGUGGAUGCGCGCUGUCAGAGGCCGAUGGCGCACACUGUUUGUCGUUCUUUGUCUCUGUGAGCUGCGCUCCGUGAGCGGACAGGCUCGCUAUUCCAUACCGGAGGAGCAGGCGGAAGGCUCUUUCGUGGGGAACAUUGCGAGAGAUUUGGGCUUGGAUGUGGCCAGACUAGUAGCAGGUAAAGCUCGUAUUAUUAGCAAAGGAGGCCGACAGUAUGUUGAUUUCAAGCCAGACAAAGGCACACUUGUCAUUCAAGAGCGCAUCGACCGAGAGGAGCUUUGUGGAAAGACGACGCCCUGCAGCUUCACUUUCGACAUCAUUUUAGAAAAUCCCAUCCAACUUUAUCGCGUGACAGUGGAGGUCGUGGACAUUAAUGACAACAGUCCGUCCUUCCCUCAGUCGGAAAUUCAUUUGGAAAUUGCUGAAAGUGUGACACUUGGCACUCGUUUCUCUCUCGCGAAUGCAGCCGACCCUGAUGUUGCACUUAAUGAUAUUCAGAAAUACAUACUAAAACCAUCAGAUAAUUUUAAAUUGGAAAUACAAAACCAACCAAAUGGAGCAAAAGUUAUCGAAAUGGUUUUACAGAAGCCUUUAGACCGAGAACAGGAGGAGAGCCUCACACUCAUGUUGAUUGCGUCAGAUGGUGGCGAGCCACAUCGAUCAGGGACGGCGAGAAUUCAAAUCACUGUGCUGGACGCCAACGACAACGCGCCAGUGUGCACUCAACCUGUUUACAAGGUCGAUGUGCGAGAAAAUUCACCUGCAGGAACCUUGAUCGCGACUGUGAGUGCAAGCGAUGCUGAUGCUGGCCUCAACGGUGACGUCACAUAUUCCACUCCUCAUAUUACCAAAGAAGAAAGAGACCUUUUUCACAUAGAUGUUAAAACGGGAGAGGUUAAUGUUGCAGGUAAAUUAGAUUUUGAGAAAUCGAAGAGUUAUCAGUUAAACGUCCAGGCUAGAGAUCAUGGAGGAUAUACAGACACGUGUAAAGUUUUCAUCAACAUAAUUGAUGAGAACGACAACGUCCCCACAAUCAAGUUGAUGUCCUUUUCUCAGUCCAUACCUGAGGAUUCUCCCCCAGGUGCAACCGUGGCUGUUUUUAACGUGAAUGAUGACGACGCUGACGGCAACGGUGUUGUCAAGUGUGCCAUUAACGCUGACGUCCCGUUUAAAAUCGAGUCUUCGUUAGCGGGUUACUACACCAUAGUGACCGAAAACUUCUUAGACCGGGAGAGCGUCCCCGAAUAUAACGUGACCAUUACAGUGUCCGACCAAGGCUCUCCGCCUCUGUCUAGUAGUCAAAACGUCAACGUUCAAAUAUCCGACGUUAACGACAACCCGCCCGAAUUCCAUCAGUCGGAAUACAGGAAGACCGUAGCAGAGAACAACCCUCCCGGUUUUUCCGUCUUGACCGUCAGUGCCGGUGACGCAGACUGGGGCCGGAACGCUCGAGUGUCUUACUUCCUGGAGGAGAAAGAAGUUCACGGAGCAGCCGUGUCUUCUUUUGUCUCGGUCCAUCCGGAGAGCGGCGUCGUCCGCGCGCUCCGAUCCUUCGAUUACGAACAAAUCAAGUCCUUCGACUUCAACGUGAGCGCCCGCGACUCCGGAUCCCCUCCGCUGAGCUCCGCGGCCGCCGUUCGCAUCCUGAUCCGGGACCAGAACGACAACGCCCCUCAGGUCCUGUACCCGGUCCAGCCGCACGCCGAAAUGGUGCCUCGUUCGGCAGACGCGGGCUAUCUGGUGACUAAAGUGGUGGCCGUGGAUGUGGACUCUGGACAGAACGCCUGGCUCUCCUAUAAAGUGCAGCACAAAUUUGGGGGCGCAGACAGGGGGGCGCUGUUUGAAGUGGGCCUCCACAAUGGAGAAAUGCGAACUGUCCGCCAAGUGACUGAUAAAGAUGCUGUCAAACAAAGACUGACUGUCGUAGUGGAGGACAACGGGCAGCCCUCUCGUUCGGCUACGGUCGCGGUCAACGUGGCGCUGGCGGACGGCUUUUCCGAAGUGCUGAGGUCGGAGUUCGCCGACGACUUUAGCGAGGACUACGACGACCGGCUGACUUUUUACUUAGUCUCGGCUUUGGCCGCGGUCUCCUUCCUCUUCGUCGCCUGCUUGCUGCUUAUCGUGUCGCUCAAAGUGUACAGGUGGAGACGGUCUCGCGUCCUGUACCGCUCCGACCUCCCCGUCAUUCCGUAUUAUCCGCCGCGCUACUGCGACACGUUGGGGACGGCGGGGACGCUCCCGCACGUCUACAACUACGAGGCGUGCGCCGCCGCCAAGAGUCACGUGACGAACACGCAAGCCGUGAGUCAAAGUUUAGUGAGUGUGGACGGAGCGGACGCUGACGUGCCGCACGGCGGCGAGCAGAUGUCGGGGAACUGCUCUCGGAUGUCGACUUUGGUGAGUCAAAUCAGUACACUUGUUUCAAUAUAUGUUUGUUUUCAGAGUUUAUAUCAUGGAGAAGCCUUGUUCUUGUAUUGAUACAUAUUUUAAAGUCAUUACAUUUCAUUUACAGUCGUGUUCAGAACCUGAAAGCUAGGCUUGAGUAAAAGUACACAGAAAUAGGGCAUCUUCUCGUUGGAAAGGGGAGAAGAGAUUUGGUGGUGGAACCUCAAAGUAAAGAAAAUCAUUCAAGGAAAGAGGUUAGCUGAGAAGAAGUGGAACACUGAGAGGAGGAGAAAAGAAUACAUUGAGAUGCGAUGUAGGGCAAAAGUCGAGGUGGCAAAGGCCAAACGAGGCAUAUGAUGACAUGUAUGCCAGGUUGGACACUAAAGAAGGAGAAAAGGAUCUAUACAGGUUGGCCAGACAGAGGGAGAGAGAUGGGAAGGAUGUGCAUCAGGUUAGGGUGAUUAAGGACAGAGAUGGAAAUGUGUUGACUGGUGCCAGCAGUGUGCUAGCUAGAUGGAAAGAAUACUUCGAGGAGUUGAUGAAUGAGGAAAAUGAGAGAGAAGGGAGAGUAGAAGAGGCAAGUGUGGUGGACCAGGA